GUGACAUUUAGGGAAGUUAGGCACGUUUAUUACGAUACUUUAGAAGUCUCUCCCUCUUACAUGUGACACGUCACUGGGGGUGCUCCUAGUGCUGAUGUAAAGAUGGCGACUGCCUACGAGAGCUUCAAUUUGCAUACAACCCCAGAGAGAUUUUUUAUUGAGGCUUGUGAUGAUGGGGCAAAUGAUGUCCUUGCCAUCGACAGGGUGUCAACAGAGAUGACACUCACUGUGAGGAAGGAUAUCCCACCGUCAGCAGUGACACGGCCAGUAUGCGGCAUCAUGGGAACGAUCAGAUUAGUGGCAGGCAUGUACCUCAUUGUGAUCACAAAGAAGAAAAAGGUGGGGGACCUGCUUGGACACUUGGUGUGGAAGGCUGUGGAAUUUGAUGUCAUCUCAUACAAAAAGACAGUCCUUCACCUCACUGAUAAUCAGAUGCAGGACAACAAGACUUUCCUGUCCAUGAUCAACAAUGUGUUGAACACAGACGGUUUUUACUUCGCCGCAGACUAUGACCUUACUCAUACACUGCAGCGCCUGGCCAACACCAGCCCCGAGUUUCAGGAGAUGACCCUGCUAGAGAGAGCAGACCAGAGGUUUGUGUGGAAUGGACAUCUGCUGAGAGACUUCAUGACUCAGCCUGAGCUACACAAGUUUGCCUACCCUGUGGUGCAUGGUUACAUCACAAUGCACUCCUGCUGUAUCAAUGGCAAGAUCUUUGGGUGGAACAUCAUCUCCAGGAGGAGCUGUUUCCGAGCGGGGGUGCGGUAUUAUGUGCGAGGUAUUGACUCCGAAGGCCAUGCUGCCAACUUUGUGGAAACAGAACAGAUCAUCCAGUACAAUGGAUCAAAAGCCUCAUUUGUUCAGACCCGAGGAUCCAUUCCCUUCUACUGGUCUCAGAGGCCAAACCUCAAAUACAAGCCCAAGCCACAGAUCAGCAAAAAUACCAACCAUCUUGAUGGUCUCCAAAGGCAUUUUGACUCUCAGAUAAUCACGUAUGGGAAACAAGUGAUUUUAAACUUGAUUAAUCAGAAAGGUUCAGAAAAACCCUUGGAACUUGCCUUUUCCAAAAUGGUGUCCAGUUUAGCGAAUGGCAUGGUGAAGUAUAUAGCAUUUGAUUUCCACAAAGAGUGCAGUCGGAUGAGGUGGCAUCGCCUGCAGAUUUUGGUGGACAUGGUGGCUGAGAUGCAAGAUGAAUUUGGGUACUUCCUGGUGGAUGCCGACGGCUCUGUGAUUGUUCAGCAAGAGGGAACGUUCCGCAGCAACUGCAUGGACUGCUUGGACCGUACCAAUGUGGUGCAGAGCCUGCUGGCCCGCCGCUCCCUCCAGUCCCAGCUACAGAAAAUGAGUGUCCUCCACGUGGGCCAGAGGGUGGAGGAGCAGACCGACUUUGAGAAGGUCUAUAAGAAUGCAUGGGCGGAUAAUGCCAAUGCGUGUGCUAAGCAGUAUGCGGGCACGGGGGCGCUGAAGACGGAUUUCACACGGACAGGUAAAAGGACCCAUGUGGGCCUCCUGAUGGACGGCUGGAACUCCAUGAUCAGAUACUACAAGAACAACUUCUCUGAUGGAUUCAGACAGGACUCUAUAGAUCUCUUCUUAGGUAACUAUGCGGUGGAUGAAGUGGACAUGAGCACUCCACUUCAUGAGCCCAAAGACUGGAAGUUCCUCACGUUGCCCAUUAUCAUGGUGGUUGCGUUCUCUAUGUGCAUCAUAUGCCUCCUUAUGGCAGGUGACACAUGGACAGAGACGCUGGCCUACGUGCUGUUCUGGGGCACGGCCAGUGUUGUGACUGCCGGCGUCAUCCUCUUCAAUGGCCGCGACUUCGUGGACGCGCCCAAGUUGGUGCAGAAGGAGAAGCUGGACUGAAUGUGCGCGUGUGGAAAGCAGCUGGGUCCCGCCGACACCCUCAACUCUUCAUCCUCCUCCUCCUCCACCGGACCCUCCUCCUUCCCGCGCCUUCGGCAGGUCUGGAGUCUGUACUGAGCAGCCGAGAGGCGGAAGGGUCAAGGAGUCGAAGAGAGGAUAGGGAGGGUUGGGGGCGAUAUGGGCCGGGGCGGGACUGGAUUUGACGGUGAGGGAGAAGUGCCAGGGUCAGAUAAGAGACUGGACGAGAGGGCGCCCUCACCGUGGCUGCUGUCCACACACACACGGAUAAAACAUGGACGCAUGUGCAUACACACACACACACACACACACACACACACACACACACACACACACACACACACACACACACACACACACACACACACACACACACACACACACACACACACACACACACACACACACACAAACACACUCACUCAGAUGCACGUUGCUGUGUAGUGGGGGAGAGCAGGUACUAGAACCUUCAUAGCUCCCAGCCACUGCAGCGUCAUUGAGAUCAGGGGUUUUCUUCAUCUCUCUUGCUCACCAUCUUCUCCUCUAGUCUCUGCUAUCAUUUUCUUCUCACUCUUCUGUCUCUUCAUCCACCUGACAACCACGAGGCCAGCCCGGUCCCUGGUCUCUUCAUCACCUGAGCUUUUAAUUACCCAUGAUGCCAUUCUGCAGUUGCGCUGAUGCCACACUGCCGUACCCCCCCCCCCCCCCCCCACACACACACACACACACACACAUACACACACAAACUCUGAAGUCAGCUCUUCACAUGCUGGCCUCGUCUCCUCUCAGAGUUUUGCCAAAUCUGCGAGUGAGGAAUGCUCUUCCACCAGGGAACCAUCUUCUCAUCCAAGGUCCAUUGUUCACACAGCUAAGAUUUGUGGCUGCAUCUUGGUGUUUAGUGGUUUGUAGGCUUCGAGCAGUAACAUCAGAUCAUCCAUCAUCAGAUAGGAUUUUAUUUCUGCUGAAUAUGUACAAUAUAUUUUGCCUUUAUUUUUUUUACAUUAUUUUUGCCUUGGUUUUGGGGUCAUCCUUGUCCAUAUCAUAUGAAACUGUAACUGUUGAAUGAACAACAGACUGCGAAGGGAAGGACAGCUUUUGGAAGGGGCAUGCAGACACAUGUACUAGUAAACGCUUGCUGGAGCGAUGAUUUAGUAUCCUGUGAGAGUCUGGCUAUGCAGUUUUCCCAAGAUGGGGAAGGAAGAUGUGUGGGAAUAUGGCUCAUCACUGAACCGUGCCACGUCCAUCUUUUCACAUCCUCCUCCCUCAACCCCAUGCUUUGCUUCCUUUAAGUCCCUUCCGCUCUUUCUGUCUCAUGUGUGCUGUUUACUGAUGUGUCUUUGCCUCUGCGUCAGACUUGUAGUGUUCGAGCUGCCUUACGCUUGGGAUGGGAGUGGGGAAUGCCUUGUCUUUGUGUGCUUGUGAGAUGUUUAGUGUGCACUGUCCCAUCACGGCACAGCAAGAAGCAGGAUGUUCUCUUUCCCAGCUCUGCUCAUGGUACAGUGCAGCUAUGAUCUCCAUUAGCGUGGUCACACACGAGGCAGUUCACCCGUGCAUCCUCCAUUCCAGUCAUAGUAAUAUGGUUCUUAUUCAAAAUGGCGCCAUACUUUCGGCAUACUCUGUAUUCUCCCUUAUGACAUAGCCUCCAAUAAGGCGACAUAUCAUUGGAUAGCUUUUGUGUCCCAUCUGUUUGAAAACAGCAUGUACAAAUGUGUCCAUCAUGUACAUCUGAGUAGCAGAUCUCAGUCUGUUACUUUCACUGCAGAUCCCUUAUUUAUGUAUCAAAAUGUCAAUGUUUAAAGAUACAUCACUUUUACAUUUACCAUUUACAAUUUUAUCCAUGAUGCCACAAUUGUGCCCACAAUUUUGUGACACAAAAUGCCAUGUGUCUGAUGGUAAGAGGCUUUGGCAUUUUCCCCUCUGAUAAUGUACCAUAUAUAUUUUUUUUUUCUUUGGUGCAGUGUAGAGAGAAUGCUUGUCAAUAGACACUAUUGUUAUUAACUUGCCAAAUUAAACAUGCUGGGACCUUCACUACCAUAGUUAAGAUACAGUAUUUAGAGGAAUAAACUACAUGUUAUGGAAGAUAUUUUUGGUGGCUUUGACUGGAUCACCUUGCUCUAUACUGUUUCUUAAGCAUGGGCCUCACAGUGGGAAAUGGCAGACUUUUAAAUGUAUUCACAUAACAGCACUUUCCCAAUGAGUUCUUAAAUUAUUGUCAAUUUUGAAUCAUUUCAUCAGCUCCUGUUGGGUAAUUAUUUGGGAUGUUUCUUUGUAAUAAAUAUUUUGAUUCAUGGGAAUAUGAAAUGUCACUAUUUCAAGUCUGACGUCUGUCAAGGAGGUUUGUAAUAAAAGAUGGCAAUCUCA